AUGGCUUGGAGAAGAGACGUUCUGCCAACGCCAGGAACCUACCAAAAACACAUCUCCUUUUACCACAUGCUGUUGUGGUCACUCACCUAUGCUGAAGAAUUAGACUGCCGCAAAAUCACAGACUUCUGGGAGAACACGUGGCCAUUUUACUAUGCAAUCCUCUUCCUUCUACGCGGGAGCAAACUGGAGCUCAGGCAGAUGAGGAGGCCACGUUCUCGUCCCUGCGGCUGCUGGGGGCUCGCGUCUCGCCCUUCCUCCCGGGGAUGUUUAUGGCAAGGGCGUGAGGGAGGCUCGGCCGCGAAGGGCCUGGCCCUUGGGGGGCCCACCCCUCGUCCUCAUCCCGGCGAGCAGCUGCCGGCGCCCGGCGAGAGCUCUCUGGGCAGCGCCUUUGUUUUCCCGACUCCAAUUACGUUUGCGGAAGUGCUACCAGCGCCCGGGGGCGCCCGCGGCAGCCUCCCCCUUGCACCCCGCAAAGAUGACACCCGCUCCCGCAGCCGUGAGAAGGCCGAAGGCGGCUGGCGAACGAGUGAGGCCGGCGGCGGAGACACCCAGCCGCCCUCCCCGGGGACGCCCUCCCCGGGGCCCCCCUCCCCCGGCAGCAGGUGCGCGCCGCCCGCGGGGGCUCCCCGCCCGCGCACGCGGGGCCCGGCCUCCGCUGGGGGCCGGGGCGGGGCUGCCGGGCCGCCCCCUCCUCGCGCGCCAGCCCGCCCGCUCGACUCACCUGCGGCAGCGGCGGCGGCGGCGCUCAGCUGCGCGGGGAGCCGGGAGCCCUCUCCCCCCGGCGCGGGGCGGCGGCUCGCGGCGCCGGGGCGGCGGCUGUCGAAGCGGCGCGCACCAUCUCGGGCAGGGUCUCUGGUUCCUGGGGGCUGUGACGGGAGGGGCGCGGCGGAGGGAUGCGGGCAGGGCGGGGCGACCGGGAGCCUCGGGCCCCGCACCCGCUGCCGCCACCGUCUCUCCUCCCCCUCCUCCUCCUCCUCCUCCCUGGGCUGGGCCUCCCCGUCGCUGCCGCGCUCACCACCGGCUGGACCCGUUUCUGGGCUGGGCGCCGAGGUCCGGCCGCCAGGUGCAGCGCUCCGCCUCCUGCGGCGGCGGAUGCGUCGGCCGCCCCCUCCCGGCCUCGCGCCCGCCCCCGAGCCCCGCGGGACCCCUGGCCUCAGACCCGCUGAGAAGGCGCCGCGGGGCAGUGGGCAGCCGCGGCGGGGCGCACCCCGCGCCGCACACGCGCGCACUCCGGCUCCAGGCCCCCCACCCCACCCCCGGGCAAAUGAUGCCGGCCGGGCGCAGGGGCGCGCGUUGGCGGCCGCGGGGCUGAGGCUGCUGGCUGGCAGUCAUUUAAUGAGCGCUUCUUCAGUGCCAGGCCCGGCGCUCGCGCUGGGCGUGCGUCCUCUCGGGUUUCUGGGCGCGGCCCGGUGGACUGACUGUCCUCACACAACCCGGAGGGAGGAACUGGGCCCGGAACCGGAGGCAGACGGCCGGCGACAGCUAUUAAAAAGGAACCAUUCUUCUGAAGAAGUAGAAAGGAGCAGACUGCGGAUCCAACCUGGUUCAGGUUCUCUCCAGCUUGUGGAAGGACAGGGAGGAGCAGAAAGAACCUGGAGAAAGGCAAGGGGAUCACCUGUUACUAUCUCAUCUGAAGCCCUUAUUCUUGGAAUUGUGCCUCUGUAACUUGGGGGAAUGCCUGUGGCUUACAACGGAUAUGCAGAGUGAUUCUAGGGGCCAGCACCGUGGCUCACUUGGUUGAUUCUCCACCUGCGGCACCGAUAUCCCAAGUGGGCACUGGUUCUAGUCCCUGUUGCUCCUCUUCCGGUCCAGCUACUGCUGUGGCCUGGGAAAGCAGAAGAUGGCCCAAGUGUUUGGGCCCCUGCACCCACAUGGGAGACCAGGAAGAAGCUCCUGGCUCCUGGCUUCGAAUCGGCGUAGCUACAGCCAUUGCAGCCAUUUGGGGAGUGAACCAACGGAAGGAAGACUUUUCUCUCUGUCUCUCUCUCUCUCUCUCACUGUCUGUAACUCUACCUCUCAAAUAAAUAAAUAAAAACUUAAAAAAAAAAAGUGGUUCUAGUUUAUUGGAAACAAAUAACAACCAUAAUACAGAAAAUGAAGGUACUUUUGUUAUCCUACUCAUUAUAAUUGCCAUAAAUAAGUUGGUGUAUAAACUUAGACUUUAAAAAAUUAUCUUUUAUGUUUACAAAGCAGACUACUCUUCUUUAGUUGCUUUUUUCACUUAGCAACACAGUAUAGCAUGAGUAUCUUUUGAUACCAAUGCAUAAUCUUUUUAUUGGUUAUAUAAUACACUAUUACAUGCACACUACAAUUUAUUUCAAUCAUUCUUAUAUAAAUGGCCAUUGAGGUUUUCCAAUAUGAUUAGUACUUUUAGUGUUUUGUUUAAGAAAUCUUUGCUUAGCCCAAGAUAUUUUCAAAUUCACAUUGUUGUGCACAGUGAGUGGGAGAUUGAGACACACAGAGAGAACUCUAGCUCACAGCUGUCCCACUGGCCCUGGGAAAGCAGAAGUGGGAAUUUAGGGACUUUGGGCAGCCAAUAUCUGAGGGAUUAAGACCCCAAAGAAAAAAAGAAAAGAAUGCAGAAUUGCCUCUGGGGAAAGAGGUGGAGGGAGGCCAGAGAAGCACUGUAAGCAUGACUAAGAGCAAAUAAGGGUCCCUCCCAUGUUAUUUUUAUGAGCUAGGGGGCGAUGCCCUAAUUGAAUAUACACAUAGGGUGGGGUUUUGCAUACAUAAGACUUUCUGGGGGUUGCCUCCACAAGGAAUAUACCUUCCACAGGGCAUCAUGGGAUACUGAGCAUACUGGAUUGCAGGUAAGGGGAUAGACUUAUAAAGCAGGGCCAGCAGAAAUUGUGAGAAAAUAUUCCAGUUCAGCUAUUCCUACCUCAUCUUCCUGCCUAGUUCUUCUACACCCAGUUGUACUGUAGUUGAGCAUUGGGUUCAGUUUUCAAGGGUUUGUUUGUAUAAAUAUUGCUGUGAUGGGUAGUUUUAUACAUGCCUUUUGAUGUAUAUUUACUCAUAUUUCUGUUGGGUACAUACAGAGAAAAGGGUUAUAGGAUGAGAAUAUUCUUAUGUUCAGUUUUAUUAAAUACUAUCAAACAUGUCUCUAAGUAGCUAAACAAAUUUACAAUCAUGCUAGCAAAGAAACAAGAUUUCAGUUACUCCAAAUUUUCGCUGAUAUGUAAUACUGAUUAUUAAGUUUUAGCCAUUCUGGUGGGUUUUGUAGCAUCUCUCUGUAGUUCAGGUGUAUUUUCCUGAGAACUAAUGAUGUUGAGCACGUUUUUAAUGUGCUUGUUGGCCAUUUGAGCACUCUUUUUAGUAAAGGGCCUACCAGCCAUUUUUGAAUUCUACUUUCUGUCUUGUUUCUGUUGAUUUAUAAGAGUUCUUUAUUUCUUCUGAAUACAAGUUCUUUGUCAAAUAUGAGAAUGCAUAUACAAAUAACUUCUCCCACUCCGUGGCUCAAAUUUUUAUUUUUAUGCAUAGGAGAAAAACAACUCUAGAGAAAUUCACUAAAAUGUUACUAGUAGUUGUGUCUGGAUAUUCCUCCUUUUUACUUGUUCACAUUUUCCAAUUCUUUAAGGAGUAUGUAAUGAACAUUUGAAACACAAUAAAAAGAAUGAGUUGUUGAAUGGAGACACUUUGUUUAAAACAUAACAAUGUAGUUAAAAAGUAACCCAUUGGAAGAAAUGAGCUCAGAGAACUUCGGCACAGUUUGCCUUCUCUGUUACUUGAAGCCUGUACAACUCUGCUAGAGACACCUGGUGGGGAGUGCUGCUACAAUCACAGGAGAUGUUAGCAUGUGCUGACUUACCAGGUAAAGAUAAACUGACACACACUCAGGUUUGCUCAUACCCUUAUCUCAGUUCUCACACGACUAAAACCAACUUCCUUUUGGGGUAAACCUAGCUCACCCAUGGGUGAGAAAUGACAAAAAUUUGGUCUUUGUGUUUGGCUAAUACAGGAAAAUAACACAGAUAAGGAAGGCUGUGAUAGGUUUCCCUAGUCAUUCAUGUUGCUGUUGUCUUCUUUUUUGCAUUCAAAGGAAGCUCUGAUUCUAGGAGCUGUCAACCCCCUACUUAGUCAUAAACGGAAUAACUUGACAUGUUCUUAUUUUGAGUGUCAUUGAACUGCU